GCAAGCACCAUGUGCAUCCUGAGCACGAGAAAGUUCGGCCCGUCAGAAGCGGCGGCCUUCUCGACCGCCCUGUCCGGCAACACCUCCCUCACGGAGCUCCUCGCCUCGGGGCACCCCUUGGAAGUCGCCGGGGCGUCGGCCUUUGGCCAAGCCUUGUCGAGGAAUACCACGCUUCGAUCGCUCUGCGUGGGGGACAACCAUUUCGGCGACGAGGGCGUGAUCGCGCUAGUGGAAGGCUUGAAGCGGAACCACGGGCUCCUCGUCCUCGAUCUCGAGUACAAGUCCAUUGCCUCCGGAGAGGGGCUGCGCACCCUUCUCGAGACACACCCUACGUUAGCGGUGAGGACCUACAGAAUUAAGGGAGUGGACCUAAGGCUAGGGCGCAACCAACUGGGUGAGGCCGGGAUAAAGUCCCUGUCGGCCGGCCUCUCCCUGAGCUCCACCCUCCUCCGUCUCGACCUCUCUGGCAACCAGCUCAACGCCGCGGCCGCGGAAGCGCUCGGCCGCGCUCUAUGCACCCAUCGCCCGGCCGGAACAAGCGCCGUUGGCGGGGUCGACGGCGGCGGCAGCGGCGGCGGGGGCGGCGUUUCCCCCCCCCCCCCUCCCCUUGAGUUCCUGGAUGUUUCUAGGAAUCCACUCGGAGAUAAGGGCGGCGCCGCGCUCUUCCGGGCCCUGGCGACUUCGCCGACGCUCACGGGUCUAGUUCUGGCGGAGGCGAAGCUCGGACCCCUGGCCGCGGCCGCCCUCGCCGAGGCUCUUGUUCCUCCUCCUGCUUCUCCUCUGCCGGGAGGUGGCGGGCCGUCAGGCCCCGCAGAGCCAGAUUCCGGGGAAAUGACUCCUUUGCCGCCACCACCGCCGCCGCCGGCGAACGGGGGAGGCCUGCAGAAGCUCCAAACCCUCGACGUCUCGAAGAACGAGCUCGGGGCGGGGGGGGGCACAGAGGUCGCGGGCGCACUCUCCCGCGGCGGAGCCCCCCGCCUCGAAACGCUGUCGAUGGCUUAUAACGACGUCGGGGACGACGGGGCGGCGGCGCUCGGCAAGGCGGCGGGGCCGCGGCUGGCGGUGCUGGAUCUGAGCGGGAACGCUCUUGGCGGGGCCGGGAUCGGGGCGGUGUUGUCGGCUCCAGGCCUGCGGGAGGCUAAGCUAUUCCACAACGCUUGCAAGGAUGAAGGGGUUCCGCUGGUGUUGGAGGCAUUGCUGGCCGGCGGUACGUUGCAGACGCUAGACCUCGGCGCCAACGGCCUCACCGGUGCCGGAUUGGAGAUCCUUCUCCCUGGGCUGGCCGCCUGCAGCUCACUGCAAACCUUGGAGGUUGGUGCGAACUCGAACGACGAAAGGGCAGAAGAAGCGGUUCGAAGAUCUCAGAGCAGCAACCCGGCCCUCGACAUUGCGUUCAGGAGGGGAGGGGAGGCCAUGGAAGGCUCGGGGGCCCCGCCCGGCGUUGGCAUCGGUGGGGGUACUGCCGGUGGCCCGGGGGCGGCGGCGUCGUGGCAGACGCAGUAGCGGCUGAUAGACCGACUCAAUAAUUCCGAUGGUCUUUUUCUUGGAUUGAUAGCGUUGCGUGUUGCCUGUUGCUUCAGGGCGUUGUGUAGGGAUGAUUGGAAUAUGUAUCACGUACUGCCUCAAUCCCCGCGACGAGCUAGAGGCUGUUGGAUGUGCCAAUCGUCUGCUCUUUGUAGAGUUUGACGACUACGAAGUCGGUGAUAACGGAUGUCCUCCACUUGCUUGCACAUUGUUGGACACCGCACGCAUUGAUUCCUGUGGGUGCUGCUCCAGUUUCCUCCAACAACAUACGGUAGUCAAAGCGGGGAGGGUCAACAACAAUGUAGACGGUUUUCCGUCUUCUUCGAAGUUGUGAGGAUGGAGUGGCCUCCAACGCUAUGUCUUUUGGUCUUGCCUCUUGAGCGAAGGAAUGCACUCGAGGACGGGAGCCGGACGUGAUGCGACAUUGUUUCUUUGAAAGCAGAGGUGCAGACGCACAUGGAUCUCUUCCAAUAGUCCCGACUCUGCCGUGUGUCCAAAUGCGCCUCGGUGACUUGAACUACCGCCCCCCUGCCUACCCGACCCGUGUUUUACUCUACAUAUGCAUACACGCGACGUGCUGUUGUUGUGGUUUGCUUCUUCGCUGAU